AUGCUACGCAACUUGACUUCAGUCACAAGGCUCUUCAUGGAGGGGAAUAGGUUUGAGGGAAGCAUACCUCCGAGUCUCGGGAACUGCCAGAACUUAUUGCUGCUUAACCUUUCUAGUAAUCAGCUAAGUGGCACCAUACCUAAAGAGGUUAUCGGGCUUUCGUCGCUUUCAAUUUAUCUGUCCAUGUCGAUUUCUCUACCAUCUGAAGUGGGCGAGUCGGUACAUCUCUCAGAGCUAGAUGUAUCAGGAAACAAGUCGUCAGGUGAAAUCCCCAUAACCCUUGGCAGUUGUUCUUAUUUGGUGAGCCUACAUUUGGAAGGUAACCAAUUUGAAGGAACGAUUCCUCCGUCUUUGGCCAACUUAAGAGGCUUGGAAGAAAUAGAUAUUUCACGCAAUAAUUUAUCCGGCCAGAUUCCUAAAUUUUUAGGUGUCUCUUACUCUGAACUUCUUGCAUCAACUAAUGGGUUCCCUGUGGACAAUUUGAUUGGUUCGGGAAGUUUUGGUUCUGUUUACAAAGGAGUAAUCUCGGGUGAUGGAAUGAUAGUUGCUGUUAAGGUAUUAAACCUUCAACAACCAGGAGCUUUCAAGAGUUUUAUUGAUGAAUGCAAAGCUUUAAGAAGUAUAAGGCACUGUAAUAUUCUGAAGAUCGUAACUGCAUGCUCGAGCAUUGAUAAUCUAGGAAGUGACAUCAAAAGUCUAGUUUUCGAGUUCAUGGAAAAGGGAAGUUGA